AAUCAAAGGGGCACAAUCUGAAUAAUCUUUGGAACCAAUAGUUCUUGGCUGUAGUUCGAAACAUUCAGACGUAAGAAGCAUGUGAACUGUGCAUUUCGUUACAAAAUGUCAUAAGGAAAACCUACUUUUGAAAGUUUAGUGUAUAAACAUUUAAUUUAAUUUAUUAAACUAUUUAAAAUGCCGAACUUCACAAAACGUCAGUGGGCUACACUGAUUGUAUUCAGUAUCGCAGACUUUUGUAAUGCAAUCUGUGUCUCCCUGCAAGCGCCGUUUUAUCCGGGAGAGGCGGAGAAGAAAGGGUGCACGGCAACGGAGUAUGGGUUAGUUUUCGGAAUAUUCGAAUUAGUUGUAUUUUUAAUAAGUCCAAUAUACGGCAAGUACCUCAACAGAUGGGGACCGAAAGUAGUAUUUAACAGCGGUAUUUACACCACAGGAAUAUGCGCCAUACUGUUUGGCUUACUGGAUAAAGUCAGCGGACGCUAUCCUUUCGUGAUCCUUAGCUUUAUCAUUCGUAUCGUCGAGGCUAUGGGAAACGCAGCCUUUCUAACCGCCAGCUUUGCUAUUAUAGCGAAAGAAUUUCCAGAUAAUGUAGCCACAACCUUCGCCUCGUUGGAGACAUUUUUUGGAUUUGGGUUAAUAGUCGGGCCAACGGUUGGCGGAAUUCUAUACCAGGCGGGUGGAUACACGAUGCCUUUUGCUAUUAUGGGCAGCGCGCUGUUUUUAGCGGCAAUCCUUACGGCGUUUGUUCUUCCAAGCCACAACGAGCCUAGUUACCAGCGGGAAGAAGGACCAUCCAUUAUAAAGGCGCUAAAAAUACCGGGUGUAUUACUAUCAACGAUCAGCAUAAUAGUGACUAGCAUGUCUAUUGGCUUUCUACAAGCCACGCUGGAACCGCAUCUACGACAAUUUUCCUUGUCGCCAGUUAUUUUGGGGGUAAUGUUUGUUGUAAAUGGAGGCGUAUACGCCAUCACAGCUCCAGGUUUCGGUUGGAUUUGCGAUAAAAGGGUGAAACCGAAGGCCAUUCUUGUUUUGGGAACGAUUCUUGUCGCUGUAGGGUUUAGUUUAAUUGGACCAGCCCCGUUCUUCCCAAUAAAAACGGUGCUAUGGCUUACUAUAACGGGCCUAGUACUUCACGGUUUGGGAAUGUCAGCCCAACUUGUCGCCUCCUUUACCGACGCCCUUAGAACCAGCGUUGAACAGGGAUUUCCCAACAACUUGGAAACGUUUGGUCUAAUCUCCGGCCUUUGGACUAGCGCAUUUGCAUUGGGCGCCUUUAUCGGGCCAUCGAUAAGCGGCAUACUGUACGACUAUAUUGGUUUUCGCAAUUCGUCAAUGUUCGUCUGUGCGACGCAUCUACUGGUAGGAUUCAUAAUUGCCCUAUUCCUAAUGCUUGCACGAUCGAGCCCGUACAACGAAAUGAAGGAUGACAAGGUCGGUAACGGGGAGAUAAACCCGAGCGCCUUUGCGCGUACCACGAAUAACAGUCUUAACGAGAGCAUUAAAAGUGCUCGAGGGAGCAGUAUCUCGAUAGAGAGGCGGCCGAGUUGUAUGAAUAUCCUGAUUUCUUAUAACAGCUAUAAAAGUCAAACGUGGAAUAAAAGGGAUAGCGCCCCAUUGGCUGUGGGGCCCAUCAGCCAUAGCUAUGGAACGUUGGACUUUCGAAAUGGAGAUGGGUCCAUGCGCCACGUUUAGAAUUCUGUAUCAGUUAUUAUGUACAUAAGUGAGUGUGUGUGUUUUAUAAUUUAACGAUGUUUUUAUGAGUGUUUUGUUAGUCUGUAAAGUCUAAGAGUACGUUCAAACUGUUUAGUCUGUUAAAAUUUUUAUUACUUUAAUUAUUUGUAUUUCUAAGGAACCCGCGACAAUAAAAAUACUAUUUUUAUGA